AUGUCGGAACCGAAGCCCUCCCAGAAGGGCUCGGUGCUCAGCAACCUCGAUGAUUCCACGGAAGCAGCUAGCCCAGCCACCACACCCACACCUCCAAACCAAGGUCGCUCGGCCUCUCCUGACGAAAAGCUGCAAAUCGUUGACCAGAAGGACAGCGUCGACUUGCCUCCCACCAGCAACAAGGACGUCGAGCCCGAGGCCAAAAAGCGCAAGCGAUCCCAGCGUGCGUGCAUUCGCUGUCGUGGUCAGAAGCUCAAGUGCGACGGCGUCUUCCCCUGCGCACGUUGUCUCAAGCUCAAGCUUGUGUGCAAAGAGCCGUCAGAAGCCAACUCUGGCACUCCCACCUCCAACAGGGUCCACCCCGACGACAGGGACACCAAACCCAAUGGAGGCUCCUUCUCCUCUUCCGCCUCUACACGCCCGCAGUCCCAGGCCUCGAUACACCUCUCCGUUAGCGGUCUGCCUUCGCAUGCCAACAUCUCACCCACCUACGCAAACAACCUGCCCGACGCUGCUUUCAUCGAACGAUCUCGCAAUUCAAACCACCUGCAAGCCAUCCUGCACCAGCGAGAAGCAUUCAGCCUUCCGCAAGCCUCGGACCACUUUGUCUAUUCCCUUCCCGAUGCAGUACGGCGCAUCGACAGCCUCGAGCGCACCGUCUCUCGCCUCGUCGAAACGGUCGAAGGCCACCCAUCUUCGUUCGACGCCAACAGUUUCAGUGCUGGUGCUCGACCUUCUUCAUCCAGAUCCGGCGCAUCUCCCCAGAAACCUGAACGCAAAAGGCCAAGGGCAGAAUCCCCCGACGACUCGGACGUAGAAGUCGAUGAGCUUCAGGACGGCGCAUCAGAGGCUAGCGUUCCCCUCCGCGCCUUGGUACAUCAAGAUAGACCCGUUAGCCGUGAGGCAAUCAGUACGGCGGAAGUUCGCUCCGGGCCGACGCGCGCAUCCAAUCAAUCUCUCGUCCCCAUGUCCGUUCCCGCAACCCUGCGCCCUUCCAACAGCAAUGGUGUUCGACACAAGUCUCGCAGCAAUCCGAUCGAAGCAGGCUUCAUCACCCUCGAGAUGGCACAAAUGCUGCUUGAAGUCUUCUUGACUUACUGCCACGUAUUUGCACCUUUCUUGGACCUUGACGUCAAGACCAGCGCAGCAUCUCUCUCCGCUUCCGAGCCGUUCCUCCUCUCCGUCCUCGUCACCAUUGGAGCCUUGUACCAAGACUCGCACGUCAAAGCCGAUCCCUCUGUUCGCUCUGAGAUACACGUAGGAUUGGCGACCUUUGCACUCGACCAGCUUGGCUUGCAGCUUUGCAGCUCCGAGCCCACCCUCGGCUCUGCACAGGCCAUCCUCUUGAUCGCCUACUGGCCACAAGCUUUCCCCGGCGCGCCCGACGAGAAGCUCCUCUCUAGUCAUGCUUCCAACAUCUUGCAGAGCGUAGCACGACACACACAGCUCGCCGCCCUCAGCGGGGAUAGAAGCGCUUUGCUCCUUUCACAGAGUCUGCCAUCCGUCUGGACCACACUCAAGGCCUUCGAGUCUCUGGCCUCCAUCGACUCGGGCAAGGGCAUGGACCUCACAGACCACGAUCUUGUUCUCUCCAAGGCACCCCGAUCAUCACGCAGCUCGAUUCCUCUCCCGUACCUCGCCAAGGCUGUUCCGGUGCUUAAAGAGCUGCAACUGUGGCUGUGCGAAAUGUCCUCCAACUCGCCGCUCCCGCUAACUGAGCUCCCGCCACCCACCGUCCGAUCCAACCUGACCCACGACUGGGACCGCUUCAAAUACCUUCAGUCGCAGCUCUUUGAUCUCGAAAAGCGUUGGCUGGCUUCUGAAACUGACUGCAGCCGUCUCGAACGCAUCGUGGGUCUCGUCGACCGCUGGACGAUCCAAAUCUAUCUCGCUGCUGUUGCGCUCAAGGCAGGUGAGCUAGGACGCCCGCCUAAGACCGGCAACGGCUACGACGCUCGCUACGAAGAGGAAUCGGCUAGGUUUGUAGCAGCUUACAGGCACGACAUGCGACAGGCUUGCCAGGUGCUCAUGGACAUCUUUACCGAUCCCGAAAUCAGCGGUGCACUCCUCUAUGCUCCUGGAUACCUGCUGCGACGUUUUGGUCAAGCUGCUGCUGCGUCCGCAGAACUCAUCGAUUUCCACGAUGCGGAACAGACCCGAUCCGCUCAAGAGCUCAUCUAUCUGUGCAGCAAGCGCUUCGACCAGCUGGGUUCAAUCGAUCGUUCGACGUUUGCCACCCACCUCUCGUGGUUCACCAAGUCUAGCUACGACAAGGUCGGCGGCCGCUCUUCCAGCAACGAACGCGAUACUGUUGUCGAGGCCACACCGCCCGACACUGUUUCACUGUUUGAACGUCGCAGAUGGCUCGGUGGCGAUCUGUUCAGCAUCUUCUUCGGGGUCGGCCUGAUGAUGGACGCCGCAGCCUGA